AUGCCAGCGCUAGAAGUCGACUACGGGCGCAGCGGCGGCAACGGCGGCGAGAGCGGCAAUGGGAGCGUCAGAACCGCAAGCAACCCGGCGCACACCGCCCAGAUUGCAGAUGUCCGCGCUGCACCACCACCACGACCGGGUCCACGUCGCCAUGCUGGAAUUGUGGCUCGGCCCCAGAUUCUCACACCGCCUGGUUCAACGCCCUCGAAUGACAAUCCCGCGUCGGGUAACGAGGACUUCAUCGAUGGCGAUCGUAUACGGGGUGAAGAUAUGCGAACCUGGCUCCUGACGUACGAGCUCAGCCUGGACGUGUACAUCACCGCCAACAAGUUCCUGAUGGACGACUUCAAAACGGCAAUCAUGCGUCACUGCGUCGACAUGCUCGAGUCCGCCGGGUCCGAUGCGGCCCAGCCGGCCGUUUUGGCGUUGUGCUCGAAACUGUACUCCGGAGUGCCCGAGUCCGACGGUCUGUUGAAGAUGAUAUUUGCCAGAGUCGGCUUUCUGCAGCCGCUUUUGUGGCAGAGAGCACCGCAGCAGACGUCCGAGUUCUUGAUCGGCCACCCGGAGGUGGCGGCCCUGAUGCUUCGCGAGACGGCCAUGCGCAGAGAAGAGGACCUGGGGAGCAGGACGCUUCCGUCCAUGGAACGAGCAACGCACGCCCAUCCAAUGCCCGUCUGGCCGGUCGGCGCGCCUCUGCCUCCGCAUAUGCGGCAUCCCCCGCCACCGCCACCGCAACCUCACUGGCACCCGGCUCCGUGGUGA